AUGACAUCAGCACAAUAUUUUACAUCAUUACUAUUAUCAUGUGAACAAUGGGAAUUAUUGAGACGCUUAAAAAAUUCUGGAUUAACAACUGAAAUAAUAGUGGACGCAUUAGAAGAAAUUCAACAGAUCGAAUGUUUAUUUCCAUUAAAGACGUGUAUAAUCAAUAAGACAUUUAUUGAUAUUCCAAACCGAUCUAAUUCACUACCAUCAUUAACAGAUAAUACUGGUUUAUCAAAAAUCAAUCAGAUAGAUAAUAUCAAUGAAAAAUCCUCGAAGAAUUACUACGCUACUCGUCAUCGAAAUGCCUCAAAUACUCCACAUUCAAGUAUAACAACCAUUGUACCAUCAGUUCAAAGUUCACUCGAAGAUAUUCAACAAAAUCAACAAUGUCCACUAGAGAAAAAAAAUAAUUUAUCAUUAUUUAUGAUUGAUAGCAUUCAGAAAGAACAAAAAUUAUCAGAUGAUGUGAAACGUGUUUCUUUAUCAUCGAAUGUUGAUGAAAAUUUCAAUGUUUGGCCACCAUCAUUAUAUUUUGAUAAAAACAACAGUGAUUACUGUAUUAGAAGCAAUAAUAAACAAUUAAUUUCCAUGUAUUGUGAUGAAAUCCAAUCUUUGUCAUAUUUAAAAAAUGACUUUACAGAAAUUGACAAAGAUGAUUUGACUGAAUUACAACUAUUUAUGGCUAAAGGUUAUAUUAAUAUUCGUGAAGAAGUGAGUACAUUUGUUCGAAAUCAUUGUUUACGACGAGCUCAAGUAGCCAAAUUAGCUGGUGUUAAUCAAGCGUAUAUUUCGAAAUUUAUGCGUGGUGACUUUUACGAUCUGUCUCAAAAUGGUUUUUCAGCAAUAUGUCGAUGGUAUUUAAAAUGUCGAAAAUCAGUUGCUGAUAUUACAGCAAUGAUCUCAUCCGAUGUUGAUGAUUUGAGUGCAACUAGCAACAAACAAAUUAAUUCAGUGACAUUUGAAUCGACAAUGCAGGCAACAUCACAAAACAUGUUAGUACCAACAUUAUUCGAAUGGCCAAAACGAACACGAUUCACGUUCAAACAAGAGCAUUUACAAGUAAAAUAA